GUUCAAGUCCCAUCUACUGUGGAGAAGCUGACUCUGAGAUUCCAGAAAGAUGUCUUAUCAACAGCAGCAGUGCAAGCAGCCCUUCCAGCCACCUCCUGUGUGCCCACCCCCAAAGUGCCCUGAGCCCUGCCCACCCCCAAAGGUCCCUGAGCCCUGCCCACCCCCAAAGGUGCCUGAGCCCUGCCCACCUGUGCAGUGCCAGCAGAAGUGCCCUCCUGUGCAGCCUCCUGCUCCUUGCCAGCAGAAAUAUCCGCCCAAGAGCAAGUAACAGCUUGAGGAUGCAUCAGGACCGUGAAAGGAGAAGGACAAUUGUCUCUCCCAGUUCCGAAGCUCCAUCUUCACGUUCAUUCUCUUCAAAGCCCCUCACGGAUACAGAAGAAGCUUCUCCACCAUUAGCCUGUAAAAUGGCUGUGAUGGUUCCUGCAGCAAGUUCUCCUUCCUGAGGCUGUCAUCCUGCUCGUGUUCAGGCAGUGACUGAGGAAAGGAAGUCCUCAGCUGUGCCAGCACCCCAGACCUUCAGACGGAAGUGUGGCGGCUCUCUCCCUGGGUGCUGUGAAAGAAUUCUAUGGAUGGCUUCUGUGUGUAUCUGUCACCUGGGCAGGAAUUUCUACCACCCGGGCAAUUGUACCU